GGCGAGGCGGCCAGCGGAGCGGCGGGCGCGGUCCAUACUCAGCCCGACGCCGCGGUCCCGCCCGAGGUGGACCAGCCCGAGGGCGUCGCUGCAGUUCAGGAAAACACGGUCUUCGGCGGCAAGCAGUUCGACGAGCUGCUGGUGUCCGAGUCCAGCCUGCUGAGGAGAGCUCGAAGCAGGAUGGGAACGUUUUUGGUCUUUUUCUGGCUGAACGCGAAUGCGUGGAGCAGCUUCGAGGGCAUCCACGACUGGUACGUCGACAGCGGCCACGGGAUGGCGAAGCAACUC